AUGUAUGACGACGCCAUGGAUGACUUACCGUUUGAAAGUCAGCCUGACCUGAUAGGAGAUAAGCUUGUCGGAGGGCUUCUGUCUCACAGCCUGGACUAUUGCUUUGUGCUGGAGGAUGAGGAUGGUAUUUGUGGCUAUGCAGUGGGCACUGUGGAUGUCACUCCGUAUCUCAACAAAUGCAAACAUUCCUGGAUCCCCUUCAUGCAGGAAAAAUACAGCAAACCUCAGGGGGAUAAGGAGUUGUCUGCAGCAGAGAAAAUCAUGCUGAGUUUUCACGAAGAGCAGGAAAUCUUACCGGACACAUUCCUCGCUAACUUUCCGUCAUUAAUAAAAGUGGACAUUCACAAGAAGGUGACGGAUCCCAGUGUGGCCAAAGGGAUGAUGGCGUGCCUCCUGUCCUCUCUGAAAGCCAAUGGAUCACGCGGUGCUUUUUGCGAAGUCAGACCAGACGACAAAAGAAUUUUGGAUUUUUACAGCAAGCUCGGCUGCUUUGAAAUUGCCAAAAUGGAGGGAUUUCCUAAAGAUAUUAUUAUUCUUGGAAGAAGCCUUUAA